AUGCGUAUAUUUUUACUGUUAGUCGUAGCGCUGGGUUUGCUGGCAUUGCCUGAGGAGAAAAAGCCGUAUCCUUAUCCCAAGCGCGGGGGAGGUGGCAGAGGCGGUGGUAGAGGAGGCGGCGGUGGAGGAGGAGAUGGCAAAGGAGGUGGCGGUGGAGGUGGAAGUGGAGGAGGCGGUAGUGGAGGAGGAGGCAGUGGAGGUGGUGGAAGUGGGGGAGGUGGCAGUGGAGGAGGCGGCAGUGGAGGAGGAGGUAGUGGGGGAGGUGGAAGUGGCGGUCCCAGCAUUGAGAGCUGUCCACGUCCAUCACCGCAGAGCUUGAAGUGCCUGCAAGAAUGGGCGUGCCAGCAAGUCAUACGUCUGGAUCUGCGCUGUCUGCUCAACCUGAAUGGCAACAAUUUGCUGGGCAAUCUUGUGAGCAUUCCCGGAGUAACUGGCGGCGGCACCGGAGGCGGCAUUCUGGGUGGACUGCUGGGCAAAUAGUCGUGGGAUGGAGUGUAAGAGGAGUGUAAGAGAAGUAUGCACACAUUAAAGUAAUAAAAAGCUAAGUAAAACGAGA